GCCUACGCGUCCGAUAAGAUAAGCAGUCGGCGUCGUCUAUCCAGCGAAGGUGAUUGUGCGUGCCACGGCCGUGUUAUUCAUCCGUUACAUCGCGGACGUGUCGCCCUACGGCAGGACUUCUGCGAGCAUCGCAUUCUUCAAGGCGGUGCACCGAAUUCACAGCAACCCCACGCGCAGAAUGAAAAGGCUCCGUGACUGACGGCGGGCCUCGUCUCGAAGGCGAGCGAGGGAAGGACCUUACCUGAGUAACGGUACUGCACGGGCCCCGCGAACGCUUCGUUGCCUGACUAGUUUUGUGCAGUGGCUUGUGCUUUCCGCGUGUAUGUAGGUCGCACAAUCCAUGUGCUGAAGCGACAGAAACGCAGUCGACGUCGUUUUCACAAGUGGAACUGAACGCUCUUUGAAACCGCACCCCUUUUAAACCGACCACACCGUGUUAGAGUGCGUGUCGUUUGUGCACCUGUUAUUCAUUGUACAACGCAAUAUGGUGGACACUGUAAAGCUGUUGUGAACUGAUACGCCAGGCAUAUUCUUCAGCGCUGCGUUGAGCACAAAAUAAGUACCAUGAAGAUUCUUGUCCGAUCACAAGUGACAAAGUAUUCAAUGCCCUUUGCCAUCAUGAGAGGAUAGCUCGUGUUUUGCGCAUGCUGUAUAUUUGAGUUACAGGCUUCUAAGCGAAAUAAUACAGCGUGUUGAGUAGCGUCGUUUUAUAUCAAUGAAAGGCAUUGUGGAGUCAAAUUCCUAAUUACUGUUUCAUUUAGGCACGUCAUUGAUAUUUAAGUAAACGAGUCUUGACCGGAACAUCCGUCUUGCGUCUUGUUGAAACACUUCAGCGCGAGAACUGUUUUACCACGUUGGCACAAACAGGAAACGUUUACGCCUGUGUGUUCUACGAGUGCCUUUCGUCGCUUCAAGUGGAAUCUCCUCCAGUUUUGCGAUCGCAUCGCAGCGACUUGCAACUUUUAGCGUCUAGUCGCCAUACGUACUCCUGUGUGACGCCACGCUAGUGUCUGACCCGAACGAGACAUGUUUACUUCAAGCGCACGCGGUCCAGCGGCUCCCUCAAGACAGUGGAUUACGGCGUUGUUGGUGGCAACAGCCUGCUGCUUGUCGCACAAAGUGGUGGGUGUCGUUAGGCACCAAUUUACGGAUCCCGGUUUUUUGGGUGACCGCACUACAAUAGUGGAGCUCUUCGAAUGGGCCUGGCCCGACGUUGCCCAGGAGUGCGAAGACUUUCUCGGACCGUUCGGCUAUGGAGCCGUGCAGGUGUCCCCACCAAGCGAGAACGCAUUUCUGCUCUACACGACCCCUGGCGGUGUGAACGUGAGGUCCUGGUACGAGCGCUACGAGCCGGUCAGCUACCGCAUCGCGUCGCCCAGUGGUGACCUGCAGGAAUUCGCCGACAUGGUGCGAAGGUGCAAGGAGAGCCACGUGAAGGUGUUCGUGGACGUGGUGCUGAACCACAUGACGUCGAACAUCGGCAGUGGCUACGGCUACGACGGAACCGAGUUCAACUCCGAAGCAUUCGCCUAUACGGGUGUCUACAGCGCCAAGGACUUCCAUUCACGCGCUGACUGCGGUACAGCCAGUGGCUUGGUUGAGGACUACUCCAACGUCGUACAGGUACGGAAUUGUAAGUUCCGUGGUCGGGCAGACCUAAACCACAAGCUCGAAAGCGUCCGGUCCAGGAUCACUGCCUACCUUAAACAGCUGCUGUCGCUAGGCGUGAGCGGCUUCAGGAUAGACGGUACCGACUACAUGUGGCCAGCAGACAUGGACAUUAUAUACAGGCGAUUGAGUCAACCGGACCAGGCAAAGCUGGAGCUCUUUGAGGCCAAACCCGCUGCUUAUAGACUGAUCGAGACCCCACUAGACAGUGAGUCGGAAACGCCUUCGGAGACUCCCUCAGACACUCCUUCAGAAGAACCAUCAGAUACACCCUCGGGGACACCCUCGCACACUCCCUCGGAGACUCCCUCCGACGGUUCCUCAAACGGUCCUUCGGAGGCUCCUUCAGAAACUCCCUCGGAAACUCCCUCGGAUGCUCCACCAGACACUCCAUCGGAUAGCACCUCGGACAUUCCCCCAGAAACUCCCUCCAAUACUCCGUCGGAGGCUUCUUCAGACACCCAGCCAGAAAGUCCCUCAGAUACCUCUUCCGAUGCACCCUUAGAUGCAUCCUCGGACCCUUCUGUCGUGACCGCGGAAAGGAAUACUGCGGACACAGAAACUGCUACGAACGUGCGAAAGCGAGAUACGACCGUUGAGCAAGGUGGAGAAACAGUUAGCCCUCCCCACCUGACUUCGGACUUCGAUGGCCCGUUCAUUUACCACGAGAUGUCGACGCUCAAUUUGAGCUGGACCAAGGAGUAUGAAAGGAUAGGGGCCGUCACAAAUGCCACUUUCUUCAAGACGUAUGCGAACGCCCUGAACAGGGUACGAGAGCGUCCGCUCAAGUCUCUGCGGCCAUUCGUCAUGGAAGCGAAAGCUGCUGGCGAGGCUGCUCAGGUGGUCUACGUGGACAGUCACGAAACGCAGCGCGGCGUGGAUGUGACCGACACUGAAGGUGACGUAGUCACGUACCGCCACCGCAAGCGACACGUGCUGGCCACUGUGCUCAUGCUGGCGCAGCCGCACGGCGUGCCGCGAGUGAUGAGCAGCUACGAUCUGGACAGGAAGUUCGAGACCUACGUGCCUCCCAAGACGCUGGGACCCCCGUUCGACCACAUGUUCAACACCAAGCCUGUGCUCAUGCGGGAGAACUUCGAGUGCUACAACGGCUGGAUUUGCGAACACAGGUGGCUGCCCAUCCGUAACAUGGUGUCCUUCCGCAACGUGGUGGCCGAUGCGGCCGCCGUCAACUGGUGGGACGACGACGCGGACGCCGUGGCGUUCACGCGCCUCCAUCGCGGCUUCGUGCUCGUCAACAACGGUCCCUCGGUGGUGCACGGCCUGUUCAACACCACGCUGCCGGCCGGCUACUACUGCGACGUGCUGAGCGGCUCCCGCCGCGACACGCGCACUUGCUCGGGCCGCGCGGUGCGCGUGCGCCCGGACGGCUUCGCCGAGCUGAGCGUCGACCCGGCGGCCGAAGUGCCCGCCAUCGCCUUGCACACACAGGAAAGAGUCUUCCCAGAUUACGUCUAAUGAAUCCCGGGGCCACGAGACAGUCUCUGCGACAAGCACUCCGUGAGUGAGAAGGAUGGACCUCAAGCGGCGACCUUGUACUUGGCCUUCUCGGCUCAAGCAUACCCUCGAGCACUGAAGUUGAGGAGGAGAAAAAAAAAAGACGACGAAAAAGAAGCACAACGCUGUUCAGUUUGCUCUGUCCACAGGCUCCAAAAUAAACGCACCGCGUGCCGGGGACCCAAAACACC